AUGAGUCAAGAAGUCGGAGGUCUCAAGGGAUUCUUUCAGCGCGCCGGAAAGUCUAUGUCCGAAGCCAAGGUGGUUGCCAAGGAUUGGUCCUGGUGGUUGGCCGGAUAUGGAGCCAAGGCUGGAAUCUUUCUCGCAUCAACUUCGAUGGUGGUCCUAAUGCCAUUGAUUUUUGAAAUUAACCGAGAAGUUAUGAUGAUUGACGCGGAGCGAACGCAGGUCAAGGAACUCAGAAAUCAGGGUCACAGUGAUAGACAACUGCAAGAAAUGGGAUUCUUGGAACUUUCAUUACACACUCCUGCCGUUGCCAAGGCAUCGUAA